CUGACGUUUCCGCAUGGCAUACCGCUGUUGGGUGCGUUUGUUUUACUCUUGUCGUUCUUUUGUGUGUCAAACUUUGAGAGACACAUAGAAAGGUUUGAUAAGAAUUGUUUUCGAAAUCAAGCUUUAUUAUUUUACAAGUCGUUGAAUAUAAUAAAUGUCCCGCCUAUGUUUUAUAUUCUUCGUGAUAUUAAGUUCAUCGAAAGUUCAUCGAGUAAAAUAGAAACACAUGUUUUUAAUUUACGUUUUGUUUAUUUUGUGUGUUUUUAUUGGCACUUUGUGGAUUUCAUAUGGUUUACUGUUUAUUUGAAUCCAUUAAUCAUUAGCUUCAGAGCAUUAUUUUGCCAAAAUAAAGGUGGUUUAAAUAAUCAUGAUUAUGUUGUGGUAAAAAACUGA